AUGAGCUCUCCGGGUGACCUGCCUCGAGACGAUGUGGUUGAUGACAUUUUGAACGAGGCCGGCCAGGUGGACGACGCAAAAGUGGCGGACGCUCUCGGCGUGAAUCAGGACGACGAUAAAUUCAAGACGCUGAAAUAUUCUCUCCUUGGCCCAUCUCUAACCAAAGCGGGACAAGAUUCCGUCGAUCAGACUAAGGUAUCGGAAAUCAUCUACAAUGCCUCCAAAGGCUCCAAAUUCUUCAACCGCGAGGAAGAACGCGACAAGGUCCUGACCCAAAAGAUUGAGGGCAUCCUGCGUCGCAAAAAGGAACUGGACAAGCUCGACCUCUCCCACGAACGCCUGAGCGCCGACCGCCUCAUCGCCGAGCUCGAGGCGUCGCGUGACCUGACGCAACACAUCAUCCACAUCGACUGCGACGCCUUCUACGCCGCCGUCGAGCAGCUAGACCGGCCCGAGCUCAAGGACCUACCCUUCGCCGUGGGCGGCGGUGUGCUCACCACGUGCAACUACCUCGCGCGCCGCUUCGGCUGCCGGUCCGGCAUGGCCGGCUUCGUCGCCAAGAAGCUCUGCCCGCAGCUUGUCCUUGUCAAGCCCGACUUUACCAAGUACACGACCAAGGGCAGGGAGGUGCGCGAGGUGCUGGCUGACUAUGAUGCGCGCUUCGAGAGCGCCAGCCUCGACGAGGCGUACCUCAACAUCACCGAGUACUGCGCCGCGCACGACAUGGGUCCGGCCGAGGUCGUGGAGCGGCUGCGGCGGGAGGUGCACGAGAAGACGGGCAUCACCGUGUCCGCGGGCAUCGCGGCCAACUCGCGGCUGGCCAAGAUCUGCUCCAACCUUAACAAGCCCAACGGACAGUACGUCCUGCCCCGCGAGAGGGGGGAGAUCGUGACGUUCAUGCGCGGUUUGCCCACGCGCAAGGUGCCCGGCAUUGGCCGCGUGCUCGAGCGCGAGCUCCUUGAGGUCGGCAUCAAGACCUGUGGCGACAUCUUCGAGCACCGGCAGUACCUCCACCGCCUGUUCGGCACCAAGACGUUCGAGUUCCUCGUGGGGUGCUACCUCGGCCUGGGACGCACGAGGAUCCGGCCGGCGGAGGAGUACGAGCGCAAGAGCGUCGGCACCGAGAGCACCUUUCGCGAGAUGGCGGACCCGGCCAUGCUCCGCGAGAAGCUCCGAGCCACCGCCGAGGAAUUAGAAGGCGACAUGAGGCGGGCCGGGUGCAAGGGGCGCACGCUCUGCCUCAAGGUCAAGCUGCACACCUUUGAGGUGUACACCCGGCAGGUGGUAACCCCGCGCGCCGUCUGCCUCGCCGACGACCUGUACAACCUGUCGUUGCCCAUGCUGGCCAAGCUGGAGCAGGAGAUGCCGAGGAUGCGGCUGCGGCUGAUGGGUCUGCGGUGCACCCACCUCGUGAGCACCAAGAAGCCAGACACGAUGGCUUUCUUCGGCUUCAAGGCGAAGCGCCCCGGCGACGAGGAGGCGUCUCUCUCGGACGAGGCGGCGGUCGAACCUGGAUUUGAGAAUUGCUCUGAAGAGGAGGAUGUGUCCCGUGUCGACGGUGAAGGGGACGACGACGAGGGCCGCGACCAUGCCGCGCAGCGGAGGCAUGGCAAGGAAAUUGUGCCAAAUCCGAAGAAGCAGCAGCCGGCGCAGCCGGAGGAGUGGUGGGACUGCCCGAUAUGCAUGCGGCCGCAGGCAGCGGAUGAGCGGCAGUUCAAUGAGCACAUCGAUUUGUGUCUCUCGAGGCAGACGAUUCGCGAAGCAGUGCAGGCAGAUGGCGGCGGUAGCGGCAACGGCUCUGGGAGCGACUACGCAGCCGGCGGUGGCCCAUCCAAGCGACCGCAAGGGCCGCCAGAAAGGAAGAGGGCCAGCAGCAGCAAGGCCAGCAAUAGCGAUCCGCGUCAAAAGAAGCUAUGUUUUGGAUAG